AUGGUCCAAUUCACCGAUGCCCUCGUUUUGGCUCUCUUGGCCGCCACUACUCGCGCCGCACCUUUGUCUUUGAACAAGCGUAUUGCUCAGACGACUAUCGAUUCUGUUACGCCCUGGGAGGAUGCUUGUAACUCUGCGGGAGGAGGCUCACAAUGUAAUCCGAUUGCGGUCACCGCUGCUUCUACUUUGCUUGCUGCGGCUGGAAACUGUGAUCAGCAGAACUCAGCAGAUGCCAUGAUCACCCUCGCGAAAACGCUCAACAACAAUGCAGACAUGAUUUCGCUUGCUCAAAUUUUUGCCCAGCAACCCCGGAACUCGCCUAACUCCCUGGCUGUCCCUUACUGUGAGACGGCGCCGCAGAACAGCGAACUGAAUGGAUUCUUCCAAUGUCAGUUCCAAGGCUCAGAUCAAACAUCUUUUGUCGGAGGUCUUUCAGUCGGUGACGCCGGAACUAUUCCUUUCGGUUUGAGUGCAGCUGUCAAUCCAGCUGGGUCGUGUCCAGCCAACCCUAGCGGGCCUGUAGCAGAUGGACAACAGCUCAACACGAUUACUCAGAAUCCUGGCACACCGUCGUCAUCGGGUUCGACUGCCUCAGGUUCAACUGGUAGUACUGCCUCUUCAGCCUCUGUUGCACCCGCUGCUGCAUCGUCGGCGGCAUCUAGCUCUGCAUCUACAUCAGACAAUGACGGUUCCGGUGCUGCAGUUGGUGCCAGUGCAUCUUCCACUUCCACGGCAGGCACUACAACAUCUUCCAGCACUUCCACUUCUUCUGGCUUCGCUCUCUCUAACGGACAAGCCGCUCAGGCCUUGAACGCCCAAUUCGCCACUCUGACUGCAAGUUCAACUUGCACUGAUGGUCAGAAUGCCUGUGUUAACGGCGCGUUUGCACAAUGUGUUGGCGGGAAAUUCGAGACGACCCAGUGCGCAGGUGGAACGACUUGUGCCGCGUUGCCCUUGGUUAACUCUGCUGGUACCAGUAUUACCUGUACCACCACCGCUGACGCUGAAGCUCGCAUCGCCGCAACCGGGGCGACCGGAGGAAUUACUGGCGAUGGAUCGACCGCCGCUGCUUCCAGCGCAGGUUCUGACACCUCCGCCACCGACUCUGCCGCUGUCUCUACGUCCACUGCCGCCGCCUCCACUAACCAAGCAGCCACUUCCUCAUCUUCCACCUCCUCAUUUGCUUUGUCCAACGGACAAGCUGCACAGAAGCUGAAUGCGCAAUUUGCCACCCUUACCGCCUCCUCGAGCUGUACCGAAGGCCAAAAUGCAUGUGUCAACGGUGCGUUCGCUCAGUGCGUCAACGGAUCGUUCGAGACCACCCAAUGCGCUGGUGGGACGACCUGUGCUGCAUUGCCGUUGGUGAACUCUGCUGGGACUAGUAUCACUUGCGCUACUACUGCUGAUGCUGAGGCCCGUAUCGCGGCUACUGGGGCGACCGGAGGGCUCACUGGCUCUUCUUGA